AUGACUUUGAUUGUUACCUGCAAGUAUAAAAAAAAAACUUUAAAAAAAUUUCAUGGGAAAGAAAAAAAUACUAAUGAAUUCAAAUAUCGUAGUGAUGAAGACUUUUCGGAUUCCGAAGAAUAUAUUGUGGAAAAGAUAUUGGAUCGAAGGAGUUACAAGGGUCAAGUUCAAUACUUGGUGAAGUGGUUGCACUAUUCCGAUGAAGAUAAUACCUGGGAAAUGGUAACAGAUCUUAACUGCCUUAAUUUAAUAAAAUCCUUUGAAUCGAAAUGCAGUCUAAAAAGAGGUCAAGAUCUAAAUACUCUAUACGAAAAAAAGGCGAAGCGACUGAAAAUUGAUCCAUGCUUAGUUUUGGAUAAUCCUUUCAAUCAUGGAUUUACACCCGAAGAAAUUAUCAAGGCCUUUAAAAACAAUGGUAACAUGAUUAUGAUUAAGUUUACGGAUUUGGAUCAACCUCAAGUUGUACCAAGUGGAGUUGCAUAUCAGGAAAUACCACAGAUGGUCCUCAAAUUUUAUGAAAAGCUAUGCAACUUUGAAGAUUAUUUAAAUAAUAUAUUUCAUGAUUUUCUGUAUAUAUAA